AUGGCAUGGUUAGAUUACGAUACGAGGACACGGCUGAUCAAGAAAUACCGAACCCAGUUUGCAUCGUGCCCAGCAACAGUCCUGGCAGUUCUUGCUGGUUCCCCAUUUGAGAAUAUCAAGACACGCAUGCAGUCUAAACACUUCAAGAAUGGUUGGGAAUGCAUCAAGUACACCCACAAGACUGAAGGCAUCCGUGGUUUCUGGGCGGGAACUACUGCACCACUGAUCCUUAUCACUAUAUCGCGUGUCAUCGGUUUCUCUGUCUACCAGCAAACAAAAUAUGCCAUCGACGGAAUAAUGAGCAGAGCCACAGGAGACUCACCCCUUGCACUGGUCAACACCCCUGGCACCUACCCAAACUUUUCCACAACAUUCUGCUUUGGCACAGCCGGUGCAAUCUCUGGUGUUGCGACUACUCUCUUCACCUGUCCUGUCGAAGUUGCCAAGAAUGCUACUCAGACUUCAGUCCUUAUGGCUGGCCUCAGUGGCGAAGCUCGAGGUCCAUCUAUCAGCAACGUCGCUCCAAAGAAGAACGUCGGACGAGUCUCCUCUAUUGCUGCAACGCGCGAAAUCUUCCAACGUCACGGAUUCUUCGGCCUCUACACCGGCUUCAAGCUCCACCUGGCGCGUGAUGUGGUGGGAAGUGCAAUCUAUUUCGGUGUCUAUGAGGCUACGAAGCAGGCAAUGACAAGCUUUCAAAAGACCGAAAAGGCCAACACACCUCUUGCUGUUGCCACGGCCGGCAUGCUCUGCGGUAUCUGUUCUUGGAGCUUGACCUACCCGCUCGACACGAUGAAGACUCGCGUCCAGAACUCCCUUGUCGGCAACGUCUCCAAAGUCGCACAAGAAUCUGCAGCGCGUUCUUCCAAGUUCAAGGGCAUCGAGAUGAUCAUUAUGCGUUCCUGUAUUCAGAAUAUGAUUCAGAUGUCCCUGUUCGAGGAGAUCAAGAACUGGAUCAAUGCAAAGCCGUUUAAGGACGGCACCACGAAGCUGGAGGACCGAGACAAGGAGAAGAGGGCCCUAGGAAGGCCACCUACCAUUUAG